AUGACAACUACAGCCGUGUUCCACCAGCUACCGGUGACUCGAGACGAAGUGCUUGCGUGUUCAUUUGACCAGUGGUACCCCAAAUUAAAGGCGUACACGCCGGCGCUGAAGAUCAUCGCCAUCCCUCCCGAUUUCCAUAGGUUCCUCGACCAGGACCUGAUUAGGCUUCCUGGCGACGCCAAUAACAAAGUGGAGGAGGUAGACGAUAGCGACGAUGAAACCACUCAACAAGAUGUGUGGCUGGAUGAGCUUAUCGACUUCUAUAACCAGGUUAAUUCGCUUGUGGGUGACUUCCCCUUCCCCAAGCUUAACUGGCUGGCACCGAAAGAUGCUCGUUGGAUCAAUGCUAAUACGCUUAGAUGCCACUCUGCUGAUGAUGUCCUACUUCUUUUAAAGCUGAGUGACCACGCUGGAGACGAUUUAACUGCCCCUUUCUCGGAAGUUUCAGAAGGUGAAGAUAAACUGAUUGAUACGGUUCUGUUCAAGCUUAUACUAAGACGGUGGGUGGAUAUCAACCCGCUGCACGAGUUCCGAGUGUUUAUUCGUGAUGGAACCAUCAUUGGCGCCAGUCAGCGUGAUUUGAACCACUACCCUCAUCUCGUGGAAAAUCGGGAGAAACACAAGCAAACCAUCACCAAUUUUGUUCCUAAUAUUGUCAACAAGUUGGGGAUGAAGCUGUUUGUGUUAGACUUGUAUAUUCCAGAAACUGGCGAGCCUAUGGUCAUCGACGUUAAUCCGUUUCUGAGGAAACUGCUGCCUCUUUUGUAUACGUGGCACGAAUUGAUUGAAGGUGGUGACCACGAUUUACGAGUGGUCGAUGAAAAUAACCUUGGUCGGUUUAAAACGAUGGAAUACCUGGAACUGAUGGUCCCCACUGAUGUCGUUGGUGCUGCUCACGAUGCCGAACAAAUGGCCGAAUUGGCCCGAGAAUGGCGCCAACUAGAACAACGAGGCGAGGAAGCAGCCAAGGAAUGA